AUGGCUAAGCUUGAUUCAGAAUACUCCUCUUCUUCUUCUUCUUCUAUGCUUGUACUGUUAUUGCUCUCGUCGGGCUUCCUACAUAAUGUGCUUGGCGGGCAAGUUGUUAAGGUUGAUGUGGGGUUGAUUCUUGACAAAGACACCAUUGUCGAGAAGAUAACAAAGACAUGCAUGGACAUGGCACUUGAAGAUUUCUAUGCCACUCACCUCAAUUUUACCACAAGGCUUGUUCUUCACCCUAGAGAUUCCAAGACUGAUAUUGUUGAGGCUGCAUCAGCUGUUAUAGACUUACUCAAGAAUGUGCGAGUACAGGCAAUACUAGGUCCACAAUCAUCCACACAGGCAGAAUUUGUGAUUAAUAUCGGCAACAAAACACAAGUUCCCAUAAUUUCUUUAGCAACUAGUCCUUCUCUAUCGCCGAAAGAAAAUCCAUAUUUCAUUCGAGCAGUGCCUAUUGCAUCCGCUCAAAUUGGAGCCCUGGUAUCUAUAAUCAAGGCAUUUAGUUGGAGGCAGAUAGUGUUAAUCUAUGAGGACAACUCUUAUGGUAGUGGGAUACUUCCCCAUCUAAUUGAUGCUUUGCUACCAAUCAACACGCAAGUUCGAUAUCGAAGUGUCAUUUCUUUGUCAGCCACAGAUGAUUAUAUCCUUCGAGAACUCUACAAGCUACAAACCAUGCAGACUAGGGUUUUUGUGGUGCAUAUGCUUUUACCUCUUGCUUCUCGUCUUUUCCUGAAGGUUAAGGAAGUUGGAAUGAUGAGACAGGGAUAUGUUUGGAUUAUAACAGAUGCUAUUACAAGUUUGCUAGAUUCCAUGGAUCCCACACAUAUAGAAGCAAUGCAAGGUGUAAUAGGUGUCAAGACUUAUGUUCCAAGGUCCAAAGAGCUUGACAAAUUCAAGAAAAGAUGGAGAAAGAGAUUUAUUCAAGAGAAUCCAGAUAUAGAACAUGAAGGUGAACUAAACAUAUAUGGCUUGUGGGCGUAUAGUAGCGUCAAGUUAUUAGCAAUGGCGAUGGAGAAAGCACAAAUUUCAAAACCAAAAUUUUUGAAAUCAAAUACCAAUGGAGAGAAUUAG